AUGGAUGCUGAUUACAUCUUUGUCAUUCCUGUCGAGGUGGACUCCAGCGGAUCCUAUCUCUCGUAUGACAUUUGGCACAGUGCCAGGAGGAAGAGAUCCACCGUGAGCUCAAAAGCUUCCUUGCACUACAGGUUUUCAGCCUUUGGAGAGGAACUGCAUCUCGAGCUGAAGCCCUCGGACUUUCUGAGCCAUAAUGUGACUGUCCAGGUGCUUGGGAAAGAUGGCAUUGAAGAUUCUCAGGUUCGUGACAUUGAGCAGUGUUUCUAUCAGGGAUUUAUAAGGAACUACAGUUCUUCUUCCGUUGCCAUAUCCACGUGCACAGGUUUGUCAGGUUUGAUAAGGACACAGGAGAAUGACUUCCUUAUAUCACCAUUACCUCAACAUCUAGCACAGGAACUUCACUAUAUGCCACCUGCUGGACACCACCCUCAUGUAUUGUAUAAACGGACAGCUGAAGAGAAAGUCCACCGGCACAAAGUAGAUCCAAAUCUUUACUACUUUCCCCCUGACCAUCACAGCAAUCUCACUGCCCACAAGUAUCACAUUCCAGCUAACGAUUACCACCAUGGAAGGUUUCAAAAGCAGCAUUUUUGUGGACGGCACAAGAAAUAUAGUCCUAAGCCACCCACUGAAGAUACAUUCAUCUUAUCCGAUGAAUAUGGGAGCCAAGCGAGGUUGAAAAGAUCCCCCAUUAAAAAUCAGAAGGGUGGAAGUUUGAAUGUUGAAACGCUGGUGGUGGCAGAUAAGAAAAUGCUGGAGAAGCACAGCAAGGAGAACGUUACCACCUAUAUCUUAACGGUGAUGAACAUGGUCUCAAGUCUUUUCAAGGAUGGUACAAUUGGAAGUGAUAUCAAUAUCGUCGUUGUGAGCCUUCUUCUUUUGGAGCAAGAACCUGGGGGACUAGUGAUCAACCACCAUGCAGACCAGUCACUGAACAGCUUUUGCCAAUGGCAAUCAGCUCUGGUUGGGAAGAAUGGGAAGAGGCACGAUCAUGCUAUCUUGCUUACUGGAUUUGAUAUUUGCUCCUGGAAGAAUGAGCCUUGUGACACUUUAGGCUUUGCUCCAAUCAGUGGAAUGUGCAGCAAAUACCGUAGUUGCACCAUCAAUGAAGAUACCGGCCUUGGUUUGGCAUUUACUAUUGCCCAUGAAUCCGGACACAAUUUUGGCAUGAUUCACGACGGAGAAGGAAACCCUUGUCGAAAAGCUGAAGGUAACAUCAUGUCUCCCACUCUCAUAGGCAACAAUGGAGUGUUUUCAUGGUCGGUGUGUAGCCGGCAGUACCUUAACAAGUUUCUCAACACUGCUCAGGCAGCUUGUCUGAUAGAUGAGCCCAAACAAGCUGGACAAUACAAGUAUCCCGAUAAACUCCCAGGGCAGAUCUAUGAUGCUGAUACACAAUGCAAGUGGCAGUUUGGAGCAAAAGCAAAACUCUGCAACUUGAGUUUCGUGAAGGAUAUAUGCAAAUCACUCUGGUGCCAUAAAGUUGGUCAUCGAUGUGAGACAAAGUUUAUGCCUGCUGCAGAAGGGACACUGUGUGGAAUAAACAUGUGGUGUCGAAGGGGCCAGUGUGUACUAUUUGGAGACCAUGGUCCCAAACCUGUGAAUGGCCAGUGGUCAGCAUGGUCUAGGUGGUCAGACUGUUCUCGGACUUGUGGGGGAGGAGUCACAUACCAAGAGAGACAUUGCAACAAUCCCAAACCUCAGCAUGGUGGCAAGUUUUGCCAAGGCUCAAGUCGCAUUUAUCAGCUUUGCAACACUCAGCUCUGUGCAUCAAACAAUCCAGACUUCCGAGCCCAGCAGUGUGCUGAAUAUAAUAGCAAACCUUUCCGUGGAUGGUACUAUAAAUGGAAACCCUACACCAAAGUAGAAGAGGAAGAUCGCUGCAAACUCUACUGUACAGCAGAAGAUUUUGACUUUUUCUUCGCCAUGUCGAACAGAGUAAAGGAUGGCACCCCCUGCUCACUGUAUAAAGAAGAUGUGUGCAUUGAUGGGGUUUGUGAACAAGUGGGGUGUGAUCAUCGCCUUGGAUCCAAAGCUGCUUUGGAUGCUUGUGGAGUUUGCAAAGGAGACAAUUCUUCAUGUACAUUCUACUCAGGCCAUUAUUUAACCCAGCAUAAAACUAACAAUUAUUAUCCCAUUGUAACAAUUCCUGCAGGAGCUCGCAGUAUUGAAAUCCAAGAAUUGCUAAUCUCUAACAGCUAUCUUGCAGUCCACAAUUUGAAUAAGAAAUAUUACCUAACCAAGGACUGGACAGUUGACUGGCCUGGAAAAUUUUACUUUGCCGGAACAAUGUUUGAUUAUCAGCGGCCUUUUAGCCAUCCAGAGAAGCUGUCCGCAUCUGGCCCAACUAAUGAGACACUCAUCUUUGAAGUGCUGUUACAAGGGAAAAAUCCUGGCAUUUUGUGGAGGUAUACCUUACCUAAGGUGAAUAAUGAGAACAAGAUAUUCACAAAAAGGCAUAGCUACUCAUGGGUGAUGGUGCAGUCAGAUUGCUCAGCGACCUGUGGUGGGGGGCAUUUGAUAGCCAAAGCUGUGUGUUUACAGGAUCAUCAAACCCGUGUAAAUUCUUCAUUUUGUGGCCCAAGGACAAAACCUUUAACAGAAACAAUGAUGUGCAAUGCAAAUCCUUGCCCUGCCUAUUGGUCAGCAGGUGAAUGGAGCAUUUGCAGCCAGUCCUGUGGUGGGGGACAGCAAAGCCGUCAUAUCCAAUGUGUCCAGAAAAAGGCUUUUCAUAAGGAAGAGGUUGUGGCUCAUGCUCUCUGCCCAGUAACCACUCCAGCACAAAUACAGGCAUGUAAUAACCAGGACUGCCCACCGGAAUGGAAUCCUGGGCCUUGGUCACAGUGUUCCAAAACCUGUGGACGAGGCAUAAUGAAACGUGAGGUUUCCUGCAGAAGUGUAGGCACAUCUAUCUUAAGAAUCGUGCCAGAGAGUUUGUGCAACAGCCAAAACAAGCCAGAAAUGCAACAGACCUGCGUGUUGGGACGAUGCCCUAAAAAUGAGCGUCUUCAAUGGGUGAUUUCCGCAUGGAGUGAGUGUUCUUCUACCUGUGGGCCGGGUAUUAGGAGGCGAGAAAUGCAGUGCAUUGAGAAAAGUAUUGGUGGCAAAUUGAUCACUUUCCCAUUGCGCCGCUGUCGAAAUCUUAAAAAGCCAAGCAUUGAUUUGGAAGAAGUAUGCCACCAAGGACCAUGUCCUAUGCAUCCUCUGUACAAUAGGAUAUCAGGGUGGUAUUCUUCACCUUGGCAGCAGUGCACAGUGACAUGCGGUGGGGGAGUACAAACACGGAGUGUGCAGUGUCUCCUUCAAGGCCAGCCAGCCACUGGGUGUCUGCUUCACCAGAAGCCUGCAAUGUCACGAGCCUGCAAUACUAAUUUCUGCCUUGCUCCUGAGAAGAAAGACGAUCCUUCUUGCGUGGACUUCUUCGCUUGGUGCCACCUGGUUCCUCAACACGGUGUCUGCAAUCACAAAUUUUAUGGCAAACAGUGCUGCAAAUCAUGCACGUGGAAGAGCUGACUUGAACAUGUCGGGCUGAGGCUUCAUCAGGUUGAUUCUAUUUUGUCAAGACUGGGUUUUCCAGAAUCAAACGUCACCCGAAUUGUCAAGGAAAAUGGCAACUUUGUAACAUCACAGUGGUAAACCUUAUGAUGAAUCUUCAUGGACUGGAUUUUGAACAUAGGGUGGAAUAAGACUAAGAAAUCUUCCCACUUCAUGGCCAAACCUGAUCCCGAACCCACUGGACUGGCAUAUUUGGCAUGGUGGUUCUCUACAGAGUCAAUACAGAGAGCCUAAAAUAGGGAAACAGGACAUUUUAUGGAGACAUGUUAGCUAAUGUGAUGUUUGUCAGCAGAGUCCUUCGUAAGGAGGAGACUGUCCCUUAGGCUUAUUACAACAGUGGCUGCUGAGACUGUGAAUAGCUAUACACAACAGAGGUGUGGUAACUAGACAAAUGCUAUGCUGCACAAUCAAGACUAAAGGUGCUUUUCUAUUUCAGGUGCUUCUGGGAAACUAAGGGCUAUAUCAAAAUGGAACUCCUUGCUUUGUUGUGUUACUCUUUCCAUGUUUAGCAAUAAAUCAGUCAUUGUUUACUAGCCACUUGAAUGGGCUGGCAUGCCUUGGGAUACUCAUCCAACAAAACCCCAUUGAAUUUUUUUUAAAACAUAGCAUUUCUGUGUUGUAUGAGCAAAGUAGAAUUUCAUUCUGUGAGAAUUUCACACCUUACAUACGGGCUUUGCCUUAUUAUUCACUCAUGUUGAAAAUUCCACCAUCAUCUUGUUUACAUUAAAUAUUGAAGUUGAUUUUUGCUGACUGUUCCAGGACUUGGGUGUCCCUUGUAAAAACCAGACAUUUUUUUGCUAUUCAAACAUUAAAAGAAAUGAGAAGGAAAUUGCAACUAUGGCCGAAAUAGUAGGAAUUGCAUUAAAUUCAUUAACCAUUUCAGACUGAUCUUGCUGAAUUCAAACACAAAUGUAAAAUGCGAUUACUUGAACUUUUAUGCAGACAAAUAGUUAUUUUUUCUUCAUCCAUUCCAUCUGCAAACCACUUGAAAGAAAUUUCUUUCUU